AUGCUGCAUCGAAAUGGGCCACCGAGAUACCAACAGACGAUUUCCAAAGCAACAGUGGAAACUAUAAGCGCUCAUACAGCAGCCAACGAUGGAGUUCUGUUCCAGUAUGUUCCCGUUAUUAUUUACGGGAAUGGAAAAGUGGUUGAAACUGUCGCGUUCGUUGAUAGCGGUUCAUCGGGAACGUUUAUCGAGGAAGGUUUGAUUGAGGAGUUGAACCUUGAUGGGAAGCCGCAUCCUUUGUGUAUACGCUGGACCGGCGAUACGGAACGCACCGAAAAGGAUUCGGUUCAGUUAGAACUGAAAAUCGCAGGAGUCGGCAAUGCUAAAAAGGUAUUUACGUUGCCAAAGGUUCAUACCAUCCGGAAAUUAGCACUGCCGCGCCAGUCACUGUCGGCCAAGCAGAUAACCGCAACUCAUCACCAUCUGCGGAACCUCCCUUUAGCAUCAUACACCAACGCGAGUCCACGUUUGUUGAUCGGCAUAGAUAACUGCCAUUUGAUACAUCGCAACUACCACAUAUGCAUGCGUGGCUCGGAUGACAAGCGAGCUAUAGAUGCAGCGAUGAGGGAGUUUUUCCCCAUUGAGUCGCUGGGCAUAGCAAAGACAGCUGUUCCAACGCUGUUUAAGGACGACGAAAGAGCGUUGCAGAUGCUCACGACCGAGACCAGACUGAUGAAGGGUCGUUAUGAAACAUGUCUGCUGUGGCGCUUUGACAAUGUACGUCUUCCGUGCUCCAGGGAGAUGGCUCUUAAACGAUAUGGGUGCCUGCGAAGAAAGAUGAGAACAGAUCCAGCUCUCGCCGACUCCGUGGUCGAGAAAAUGCAGAGUUAUGAAGAUCAGGGGUAUGUACGACGACUUACAUCAACGGAACUCACCGCCCGGGGCGAACGCGACUGGUAUCUUCCAGUGUUCCCGGUAUUCAAUCCGAAUAAACCCGGGAAGUUACGUCUGGUAUUCGAUGCAGCAGCAAAGGUACGUGGUGUGAGCCUCAACACGUUCCUAUUGGCGGGUCCGGAUCUGUUAGCAGGGCUUUUAACGGUGCUCUAUAAAUUCCGGGAGCAUCGAGUCGCUAUAGUUGGUGACAUAAAGGAAAUGUUUUUUCAAGUAAGGAUGAACCCCGAAGAUCAGCGCUCACAGCUUUUCUUUUGGGAUCGGGAAGAGGUUGCGGACCGUGACCCUACGGUGUAUGCGGUAGCCGAAAUGACGUUUGGAGCCGCCUGCUCACCAAGCAGCGCGCAAUUUGUAAACAACCUAAACGCGACAAGGUUUGAGCGCGAGCAUUAUGUAGACGACAUGCUCGCCAGCGUGGAAACGGAAGACGAGGCCAUCACUCUAGCAGAUGAAGCUCGACGCGGUAAACCGAUCGAAAUUCUGAGUGAUCGCGGAACGAACUUCGUGGGAGCUGAACGCGAGCUUAAGGAAGCCUGGAGCGAGGUAGAUGGCGAUAAACUGGUGGAAGAGUUCACCGACCACGAGCUCACGUGGAAGUUCAACCCACCGGGCGCGCCACACUUUGGAGGAUGUUGGGAAAGGCUAGUACAGUCGGUGAAGAAAGUACUUAGGGAAAUGAAAAUUUCGCGACUCCCUACCGACGAAGUAUUGUCGUCAACCUUUGCCGAAAUUGAGAUGAUCGUCAAUUCUCGACCGCUGACACAGGUUCCGCUCGACGAGAAAUCGGAAUCACCGCCGACACCUAACCAUUUUCUUUUAGGUUCAGCAAAUACAGAGCGAUCAUUAGGCAUAUUCGACGACAACCCCGCGACGUUGAAGGUGGCCUGGAAGACAUCACAAGUGUUAACCACGAUCUUUUGGAAAAAGUGGGAUGCGGACUACUUACCGACGCUAACAAAGAGAGGGAAGUGGUUCGAAACAUCGAAGCCGAUCACCGUUGGAGACAUAGUUGUCGUCGUGGACGGAAACUUACCGAAAAACACCUGGCCAAAGGGACGCAUCGUAGCGGUCAAACAAGCGAAGGAUGGACAAGUGAGGCAGGCGACCGUGCAGACUGCACAAGGAUUGCUUCAACGACCGGCAACUAAAUUAGCAGUGCUUGAUGUGAAAGCACAUGGUACGAAAGCACAGGAUACAGACGAGUAG